AUGUCUGACGAUUCAUCCAACGCAGUGGUGACCCCAGUGUCCCCCGUCACCCCCAAGAUGAGCGGAUUGGCCUUGACUGAGUACACCGCCGCUCCGACGCCCCCCUCCGAACGCGCAAACCAGACUCCUGGUUUGCCUCCCAAUUGGGGAAUCCCUGAAGCCUUCCUGCUCCCCAAUGGCUACCCAGAUUAUCUGCGAUUGAUCUUGACCUCCCGAGUGUACGAUGUGAUUGAAGAGACACCCCUGACCCAUGCGGUCAACCUGAGCAACCGCCUAGAGAGCAGAGUCAUGCUCAAGCGCGAGGAUCUACUCCCGGUAUUCAGCUUCAAGCUGCGUGGCGCAUACAACAAGAUGGCUCACUUGAACAAUGAGCAGCGGUGGAAGGGUGUCAUUGCUUGCUCCGCGGGCAACCACGCACAGGGUGUGGCUUACUCGGCCCGGAAGCUGAGAAUCCCCGCGACUAUCGUGAUGCCCUCUGGGACCCCGGCUAUUAAACAUUUGAAUGUGGCCCGUUUGGGUGGCAGCGUCGUUCUCCACGGACAAGAUUUCGAUUCCGCCAAGGUCGAGGCACACCGGUUGGAAAAGCAGCACGGUCUCACCAAUAUCCCUCCCUUCGACGACCCAUAUGUGAUUGCGGGACAAGGCACCAUUGGCAUGGAGCUUCUGCGCCAGGCAAACUUGGAUAAGUUGGAGGCGGUCUUCUGUGCGGUUGGUGGCGGUGGUCUCAUUGCUGGAGUCGGUGUUUAUCUGAAGCGCAUUGCACCCCAGGUUAAGGUCAUUGGUGUGGAGGCAUACGAUGCCAACGCCAUGACUCAGUCCUUGGAUACUGGCAGCCGCGUCUUCCUUAAGGACGUCGGUCUCUUCGCGGACGGCGCGGCCGUCAAGACUGUUGGCGAGGAGAACUGGCGCAUCUGCCGUGACGUUAUUGACGAUGUCAUCCAGGUCUCUACUGACGAGACCUGCGCUGCCAUCAAGGAUGCCUUUGAAGAUACCCGCUCUAUCAUUGAGCCUGCCGGUGCUCUCGCUCUUGCCGGUCUUAAGAAGUACAUUUCGCAGAACCCCAGCCCAGAUCCCAACCGUGAACUGGUCGCAGUCACCUCCGGUGCCAACAUGGACUUCGAUCGUUUGCGAUUCGUUGCCGAACGCGCCGCUCUGGGCGAGAAGAAGGAGGCCCUCCUGUCCGUCAAGAUUCCCGAGAAGCCCGGUGCAUUCGCCAAGCUUGUCGAGGUGGUGCUUCCCCAUGCCGUCACAGCCUUCAACUACCGCUACGCCCGCGAAGAGUCCGCAGAUGUCUUGAUGGGUAUCUCUCUCUCAGCCUCCACAGGCCGCGAAGACCUCGCCAAGAUCAUGGCCGAGCUCGAGAAAGAAGGCAUGCCCUGCCGCGACUUGAGCGACGACGAGCUUGCCAAGCGUCACCUGCGGUUCCUCGUCGGAGGCCGUUGCGAGGUCGCCGACGAGCGCAUCUUCAUGUUCGAGUUCCCCGAGCGCCCCGGCGCCCUGGCCAAGUUCCUCACCACCCUCCGCCCCAACCAGAACAUCUCCCUCUUCCACUACCGUAACUACGGUGGUGAUGUUGGUAAGGUCUUGGCUGGAAUCCAGUGCCCGUCUCCAGAGAAGGAAGACCUGGAGCAAUUCCUCCAGGACUUGGGUUACCCCUUCAGCGAGCACACUGAUUCCCCUACCUAUAAGACUUUCCUGCGAUCUGAAUAA